AUGAGAGCCAGGAUGAGGAUGCUGCUGUGUUUGGCAGCAUAUCUGUGUUUGUCAAAUGCUCAGACCAACAACGCCAGCAACGACAACAGGCAGCAGCAGCAGCAGCAACAACAGCAGCAGCAGCAGCAACGCAGCAUCUGGGACGAGCCCAUCAGAUUCAGCACCAAGACCAAAGACUCCUGCACCAUGGUGGUUUCUGGGGCCGGGGACUAUACUCGCCUUCGUGUCUCCUGCAAAGGUCAGAGUCAAGGCCAGACCGCCGGGCGCUCCUACUACUGCGACUUCCAGGGCAAACCCAAUCUGUGCCGCGCCUACAACCUCAACCCUCGCCACUACUUCACCCAGAUGAUGUGGGACAUGAGGAAGCUGAGCCAUGCCUGCCAGGGACCCAAAAUCUACCGCCCUCAGAUGUGCAAGAAAUACCCCGACGAGGCCCAGAUGACCUUCCUGGCCGCCUGGCCCAAGACUACCACCCCUAAGCCCUCCAGACCUGUGCAGGAGCCCCGUAAACCAGUGGUGCCAGCCCAGACGAAGCCCGUCACUACUCCUAAACCUGUCAAGCCUCAGCAACAGCCAGUCAAGCCCCAGCCAGGCAAGGGCCCCCAGACGAAGAAGACUACCCCCAAGCCUGGGAAGACCACUACUCGUCCCACAGACCAGGCUGAGUCCAAAGCAUCCCGCAUGGCCUCCGAGUACUGCUGGAAGAGCUUCCAUGGCGUCUGCACCUACUUCAUCAGCUGGUUCCAAAACUGA